GGCGCCAUGAACACCAUCAAGAACGUGCCCUCCCGGGUGCUCAGCCGCAGGAGCGGACACAGCCUGGAGGCGGAGCGGGAGCAGUUUGACAAGACCCAGGCAAUGAGCAUCAGCAAAGCCAUCAACACACAAGAAGCACCAGUGAAAGAGAAACACGCCCGCAGAAUUAUCCUGGGCACCCACCAUGAGAAAGGAGCGUUCACUUUUUGGUCCUACGCAAUUGGUCUCCCCUUGCCCAGUAGUGCCAUUCUCAGCUGGAAGUUCUGCCACGUUCUCCACAAAGUCCUCCGGGAUGGGCACCCAAACGUUCUUCAAGAUUGCCAGAGGUAUCGAAGUAACAUUCGAGAAACCGGAGACCUUUGGGGCCACCUGCAUGACCGUUACGGCCAGCUCGUGAACAUUUAUACCAAACUUUUGCUCACGAAAAUCUCCUUCCACGUCAAGCAUCAUGAAUUUCCCCCAGGCCUUGAAGUGACAGAUGAGGUGCUAGAAAAAGCCGCUGGGACAGAUGUGAAUAACAUUUUUCAGCUGACGGUGGAGAUGUUUGAUUACAUGGAUUGUGAGCUCAAACUGGCAGAGUCGGUUUUCAGGCAGCUGAACACCUCCAUGGCCGUGUCCCAGAUGUCCGCAGUUCAGUGCCGUCUGGCUCCCCUCAUCCAGGUGAUUCAAGAUUGCAGCCACCUCUACCAUUACACCGUCAAGCUGAUGUUCAAGCUUCACUCGUGCCUGCCAGCAGAUACGCUACAAGGACAUCGAGACCGGUUCCAUGAGCAGUUCCGCAGCCUCAAAAACUUUUUCAACAGAGCUUCAGAUAUGCUGUAUUUCAAGCGUCUCAUCCAGAUCCCACGGCUGCCCGAGAACCCCCCCAACUUCCUGCGGGCCUCGGCCCUGGCAGAACACGUGAAGCCCGUGGUGGUUAUUCCUGAGGAAGCCCCCGAGGAUGAAGAACCAGAGAACUUGAUUGAGAUCAGCACAGCCCCAAUUGUGGAGCAACCGGUCGUUUGUGACAUAUUUGAGCAAACCUUCGGACCUCCAAAUGGCAUCAGAGACGACAGGGAUCUCCAAAUAGAGAACUUAAAGAAAGAAAUUGAUCUGCUUCGAGGAGAGCUGGAGAAGAUAAAACUUGAGGCUCAAAGGUACAUCACUCAGCUGAAGGCCCAGAUCAAUGGCCUGGAGGCGGAGGUGGAGGAGCAGCGGAAGCAGAAGCAGAAGGCCCUGGUGGACAACGAGCAGCUCCGGGAUGAGCUGGAGAGGUUGCAGAAGGCCAAGCUGGAGAGUGACAAGAGCAGGGGCCUCUGCCUGGAGGCCGAAAAAAAGGCCAGCGCCACAGAACUCCGCUACACCAAGCUGAAAGAGAAGCACAGCGAACUGAUCAACACUCAUGCAGAGCUCUUGAGGAAGAACGCAGACACGGCCAAGCAGCUGACUGUCACCCAGCAAAGCCAAGGGGAAGUGGCUCGGGUGAAGGAACAGAUGACCUUCCAGAUGGAGCAGGUGAAACGGGAGUCGGAAAUGAAGUUAGAAGACCAGGUGUUGCAGAUGGAGCAGGUGAAGCGAGAUCUGGAAGCUAAGAAAGAGGAGCUGGCUCAGCUCCAGCAGUCUCUCAGCCAGUCCAAGCAGGUUGGUUCAGACCUCAGCUCCCAGAUGGAAGCCCUCCAGGCUGAGAAGGAUGCGCUGAGGAAAUCGGUUAGCGAAAAGGAAUGCGAGCUCAUCUCAGCCAAGGGCCUGAUCCAAGAAAAGGAGCUGCUGUUGACUCAGGAAGUGGAGAGGCGGGCCAAGGAAGUCCAGGAGCUGCAGGGGAAGCUCACGGGCAAGAAAAGUCAGGAACAUGCCCUGCAGCAGAAGCUCCUGGACGACCAGUUCAGCAUCUUGCAAGCGACGGUGAAGGAGGCGGAAAGCAUCAUCCAGGACGCUGUCGCCAAGGUGGACGAUCCCCUCCACAUCCGCUGCACCAGUUCGCCAGAUUACCUCAUCAGCCGCGCCCAGGCAGCUCUGCAGUCGGUGAAUGCCGUGGAGGGCGGGCACAGCCGUUACCUGGCCAACAUGGCAGAUGCCACUGGAUUGGUGGGCGCUCUGGCCCAGUUUGCCCAUCUGACUGCUGACACCAUCGUCAAUGGCAGCGCCACGUCCCACCUGGCACCCACGGACCACGCAGACAAAUUGACCGAAACUUGCCGGGAUUGUGGACGGCAGGGCCUGAGCUAUCUGAACAAGCUGAAAGACAAACAGUCUCUCCGGCAGGCAGAUCCAGCUGAUGUGAGGAGGACCCUGCAGGAGCUUCUACACCUGGGACAGGAACUGAGGCCCAAAAGCUUAGACAUCCGUCAAGAAGAGCUGGGCGACAUGGUCGACAAAGAGAUGGCUUCCACCUCAGCAGCGAUUGAGGACGCGGUCAGAAGGAUAGAGGAAAUGAUGAACCAGGCCAGGAUAGAGAGUUCCGGUGUUAAACUGGAAGUGAAUGAAAGAAUUUUGAAGUCGUGCACAGACUUGAUGAAGGCCAUCAGGCUUCUUGUCCGGACAUCUACACACUUGCAGAAGGAGAUUGUAGAAAGUGGAAGGGGGGCAGCAACCACCCAGGAAUUUUAUGCGAAGAACUCCCGCUGGACGGAGGGUCUGAUCUCCGCUUCUAAGGCCGUGGGAUGGGGAGCGACCCAACUUGUAGAAUCCGCAGACCGAGUCGUCCUGCACACGGGGAAGUACGAGGAGCUGAUUGUCUGUUCGCAUGAGAUCGCGGCCAGCACGGCUCAGCUGGUAGCUGCUUCCAAGGUGAAAGCGGAUAAGAACAGCAGAAACCUGAGCAAGCUGCAGGAGUGUUCGCGCAGCGUCAACGAGAAGGCUGCCAACGUUGUGGCUUCCACCAAGUCAGGCCAAGAUCAGGUUGAAGAACGAGACACCAUGGAUUUCUCUGGGAUGUCCUUGAUAAAACUCAAGAAGGAGGAGAUGGAGUCACAGGUGAAGGUGCUGGAGCUGGAGAAGACACUGGAGAAUGAGCGGCUUCGCCUUGGGGAGCUCAGGCGGCAGCAUUACGCCCUGGCUGGCAUCUGCACUGAGAACACCGACGUGGCAAAACCCGCUGUGGCCCAGAAGCCGGGCAUCUUGAAAAAGCCACCUGUGGCCCAGAAGCCUGCCCACCCCAGGCAAGACCAUGAGCUAGAAGAGGAAGAUGGUGUAUACCAGGCCCAGCUAGUCAAUUUCUAA